AGUUUAACCAAAUCUCAAAGCUUCAACUCAUCUUGGUUGUCCUACAUAUACAUACAUAUAUAUAUAUAUACACACCGUUUCUGUUUGUAAAAAACAACAAAAAGAGAAGGUGAGGAAAAGCCAAACACAAAGCCACCUGUUUCUCUCACAGAAACCCACCACAAUCUUGUGAUCAAAUUGCUUAAAAACCCUUUCUUUUUUUCCUUUUAUAAUCGUAUUCACCAAUUCAAUCUUCCGAUUUGGGUUUUCACAAAUGGGUUUCUUUUUAUGGGUUUUGUCUAAGUCUAUAUAAAGAGAAAAAGAGAAUCACAACCUCCAUAGAUGAUGCAAAUCUGAAGAAAAACCCCUUUCUUUCAUUGAUCUUUCCAUAAAAAGAGAGGGUUUGGGUGAUCAGGAUAAACAACACAGUGGUUGCUUUAUUUAUCAGCAAUUUGGUUUUCUUCGUAAAUAUUUUAUUCCCUUUUUUUUUUCUUCGGGGGUUUUUGAGAGGUAGAGGGGGGGUUUUGAUUCAAUUUUGUUGAUAAAAUUGUUUAGGUUUGUGCUUUGAUUCCAUGGCUGCUGGUCCUGAAAUUUCUGUUGAAUCACCAGCAACAACAGCAACAGCUUCUCCUGCUGUUGUUCAUCCAUCUUCACCACCAAAAACUGAGGUUUCUAUCGUCAAAAGUGUCGAUAGUGAGAGUGUUCAUUUCGUUAAUUCCGAUGAUGAUGAUGGUUCUGUUGUCACACCAAAAAAAGGGUCUGAUCCUGAUCCACGAUCAGAAAUGAAAAUGCAAGAAUUUGUUGAUAUGUUGUCCAAUUUGAAGCUGAAUCCCAUGGCUAAGGAAUUCUUUCCUUCUUCUUACUCACCCGUUGAUCGCAAUCGUGAUCAAUUUGCUUUCAAUUACUUUCUUCAACCUGCUUAUUACAAGAAUUAUCCUGAAAAUGGGAUUGAAGGCUACCCCAAUAAUCGAAGGAGGAGAAAUAACUACAGCAAUCCCCGACGACUGUCUAAUGGGAGGGCCUUUAGAGCUCAACGAGAAGAUAGCAUUAAGAGAACUGUGUAUGUCUCCGAUAUCGAUCACAAUGUCACUGAAGAGCAACUUGCCGCUUUGUUUAGCGGCUAUGGGCAUGUUCUCGACUGUCGAGUUUGCGGUGAUCCACAUUCACGUCUCCGUUUUGCCUUCGUUGAGUUUGGUGACGAGAAUUCAUCAAGAGCGGCACUUAAUCUUUGCGGUACAAUGCUCGGCUUCUCCCAAAUUACUGUUUUGCCCUCGAAAACCGCCAUCCUUCCUGUGAAUCCAACUUUCCUCCCCAGGUCCGAGGACGAGAGAGAGAUGUGUGCAAGGACGGUCUACUGUACAAAUAUCGACAAGAAGGUUUCUCAAUCUGAGGUCAAGAAUUUCUUCGAAACAAGAUGUGGCGAGGUUUCUCGGUUGAGGCUUUUGGGGGAUAAUGUUCAUUCGACACGCAUUGCUUUUGUCGAGUUUGUGAUGGCAGAGAGCGCAAUUAUGGCGCUCGAUUGCUGCGGCCAGCCAUUGGGAAUGCAACCAAUCAGGGUGAGUCCUUCGAAGACUCCGGUGAGGCCUCGUGUUGCUCGGCCCGUUCCGACCAACUAAAUUCCGAUCACUUGAAUCAGAAGAGCGUAAUAUAUGCAUCCGUGAGGGAGGCCUUGUUCUCGUCGAUUUGGUGAUGUUUUUUUUUUCCGUGUUGCGCCAUGAUUACAGUAGUAACGAAGUCGUGUAGCCUGAAGUUGAGAACUUGAUUUGUUUACUUGCAUGUGUAUCGUGUUUCUGCUACGAUCAUGAGCUGAAUGCUCGUGGUUGUUCGAUGUUGACUUCUGGUUUUGACUUGGAUGGUUAUAUCUUUCGGUUUCUGGUC